UCCAGGGGGGACGGAGAAAGGGGGUGGGGUGGCCGUGAACUGCUGGGGGAGCAGGACGGGAACACCAUUCCACGGGUACCCCGCGGACCACCCAGACCCCCACGAGACUCCCCCGGAUCCCUGCGAACCCUGCCUGACCCUCCUGAAUCCCCCCUGGAUUCCCCCCGAACCCCUCCAGACCCCCCCGGAACCCCCCAGGCAGGAGAGCGGUCACCCCCACCGUGCCCGGGGUCUCCCCGUGGCCGAGACGGAGCCGGAGGAGAUGGAAGCACCGGGAUGCGCCGGCUCAGAGUGGCUGGUGGUUCCCAAGGCAGAGGUGACUCCCGAGGGUGACGGGGACAAUCCAGGGGACCCAGAGCUCCACAGCUCAGGGCAGUGGCUGGUGCGGAAGGUGAAGGUGGAGGAGGAGGAUGAGGACGAGGCCUGGGCAGGGGCAGCCGGGACCGGGGCUGAGGCCCCACUGGCUCCGCAGCCCCUGCCUGGCGCCAUUCCCCCCGAUCCCGCCGGGACACCGGGGUGCGCUGGCGCCUGCAAAGCGGAGGAGCCGUGCCCGGAGGAGCUGGGAUACGGGGUGCUGCCGGCCUGGGGGCCGGGGCCGCCCCUGGACGGCGUCGGGAUCGGCGUUGGCGCCGGCAUCGGGAUCGUCCCCGGCGUCCCCGGCAUCGGCGCGGGGAUGAGCCCCGGCCCCGGCGGGUGCGGGCGCUGCUCCCAGCCCGGCCCGCGCCCGUUCUGCUGCCCGCAGUGCGGGAAGGCCUUCGGGAAGAAGGCGCACCUGACGCGGCACCUGCGGGUGCACACGGGCGAGCGGCCCUUCCCGUGCCCGCACUGCGGCCGCCGCUUCCGGCAGCGCAUCCACCUGCGCUCCCACCUGCGCACGCACACCGGCGAGCGGCCCUACCCCUGCCCGCGCUGCGCCCGCCGCUUCCGCAAGAAAACCCACCUGGACCGGCACCUGCGCACCCACACCGGGGAGCGCCCGCACCCCUGCCCGCGCUGCCCCCGCCGCUUCGCCCACCGCCAGCAUCUCCUGCGGCACCUGCGCCUGCACGGGGACCCCGCGCUGGGCCACGGACACCGCGAUGGGGACGGGGAGGGACGCGGGGACGGCCCCGCCGAGGAGAAGCCGCUGCCGUGCCCGGCGGGGGAGAUGAGCCUCACCUGGAAGCAGAACCCGGCGUCGCACCUGCGGCUGCACACGGGACCGAUGCCAGGAGCUGGAAAUGGACACCUGGAUGGACACCAGGAUGGGGACGGGGAUGUCCCUGCUGAGGAGAAGCUGCUCAUUUGCCCCCAGUGCGGGACGAGCCUCACCUGGAGGCCGAACUCGGCGUCACAGCUGUGGCAGCACCUGGAGAGCCGAGCCCUCAGCUGUGCCACGUGUGCCCAGGACCCCCAGCACCCCCUGCAGCCCCCACAGGAGCCCGGAGCCCAGGAUCCCCAGCACCCAUCACAGGUGCCCAGGGCCGAGCGCCCCUUCGUGCAGGACCCCCAGCUCCUGUCAGAGGUGCCCAGUGCCAACUGCAGCCACGGCUGUUCCCAGGACGCCCAGCCCCUCCUGCAGCCCCCGCAAGUGCCCGGUGCCCAAGACCACCAGCACCGGCCAGAGGUGCCCAGUGCCAAAUGUGGCCACGGCUGUGCCCAGGACCCCCCACAGCCGCCGCAGGUGCCCCAAGCCCAGCGCCCCUUCACCUGCCCUCAGUGCGGGCGCGGCUUCGGGCGCAAGGCGCACCUGGCGCGGCACCUGCUGGUGCACUCGGGCACCCGGCCCCACGCCUGCGCCCGCUGCGGCCGCCGUUUCAGCUCCAAGACGAACCUGGGCCGGCACCAGGCCGUGCACACGGGGCUGCGGCCCCACCGCUGCACCCGCUGCGGCCGUGGUUUCACCCGCAAAACUCACCUGGAGCGCCACGAGCGCACCCACGGCACCGGCACCGGGAUGGGCACAGGGACGGGCACGGCCAGCACUGGCACGGGGAUGGGCACAGCCACCGCUGCCACUGGCACCAGCGUCACUGGGUCCCAGCUGAGCUGGCCAGAGCCCCCCACCCUCUGCCCCUGAACGCCAGGAGGUACCGGGGCCCCAGCAGAUGCCAGUGGUGAAUCCUUGGCACUGCGAUGUACCCGGAGAUGCCAGGAUGUGCUGGGAGGUGCCACGGGCCCUGAUGGCUGCCGGCGGUGAGUCCUGGCACUGGGAUGUGCCAGGGAACCCAGUAGCUGCCAGUGCUGCAUCCUCGGCACCCUGCACGGGGUGUGCCGGGAUGUGCCAGUGCCUCCAGCAGUGCCGGUGGCGAGUCCCCAGCACUGGGAUGUGCCGGAAGAUGCCGGGAUGUUCCGGUGCCACAUCCUGAGAGCCGGGAUGUGCCGGGAUGCACUGGGGGCCCCGGCAGGGGGAUCCCACAGGAUCCCGGCCCGUUCUCCCACCGGCAGUGGCGCAGGAGCGGCCGCCAGAGCGUCGUGGCCGGUGGCGCUGCAAAGCCCCGGUGCCGGGGUCGGUGUGGGGGACGCGGGGGGACCCCAGCCCGGGGACAGGAGGGGAUCUCCCCCCUGCGGCGCUGCCGUGGCCAGGAGACAGCGGGAAUGAAGCCGAACUGCUGCCAAUAAAGCCGUUUUUAUGGAA